CACUACUGCUACCUAACACGUUGUCGUAUUCUAAAAGCCAACCGUCAAACAAUAAAGAAGCAAUCCUCUUGCAGCAGUAAGCGUAGUGUUGAAGCAGACAUUAUAACUCCUAUUACAAACCUUAGCACACUUCACUUUACACGGUAAUACAUACAAUCUUACUCUAUAUUCCUGAGUCACAGCUACAGUCCAGUCGACUGCGUGAGAAAGUGCACAAGGUAAUAUGGAGCGCAGCAUACCGAUUGUAGAUUUUGGCCUAUUCCUCAACGGUGGAAAGGAAGAGCGAGAACAGAUUGCACGGGAACUGGAUGAUGCGUUCCGGAGUGUAGGAUUUGUGUAUUUGAGGAAUCAUGGUGUGAGUAGGAAAAUGGUGGGGAGAUGCUUUGAGUGGUCCAAAGCAUUCUUUGACCUCCCGCUCAAGACAAAGAUGCUCGCGCCUCAUCCACCGGGUGGAAGUCAUCAUAGGGGGUACUCGGCGCCGGGGGUGGAGAAAGUAAGUCAGCAUAAGUAUGGAGUUGAAGAAAUCAAGAAGGAUCGCGAGAUACCCGAUUACAAGGAAUCGUUCGAAUCCGGCAACGUAAACGAUUCAGCACAACCCAACAUAUGGCUUCCCGAAGAUGAACUCCCGGGAUUCAAAGAGUUCAUGGAAACAUACUUCACCGAGUGUGCGGAGUUGAUCCACCGCAUCCUCGACGCACUGAGCAUCGCGCUGAACGUACCAGAACCAGGCCUUAGCUCGACACAUUCACACUCGCUAUUCCAACUGCGCUUGCUGCACUAUCCCGCCAUCGACGCAGAGCAGCUAAGCCAAAACAAGCGCUCGAGGAUAAACGCACAUUCAGACUUCGGCACGCUAACGCUUCUAUUCCAAGACAACGUAGGCGGCCUGGAGAUAGAAGAUCCGCAUCAACCUGGCGCCUUCUGCCCCGCUGAGCCUAUUCAAGACACCGUGCUCGUGAAUAUCGGAGACUUGAUGGCGCGCUGGUCGAAUGAUCGGUGGCGGAGUACUGUACAUCGCGUGGGUUUGCCGGGUGAAAACCGGCAGGUCGAUGGAGAUAGAGGGCUGGGAAGGGCUGUUGUGCCGGAUAGGUACUCGAUCCCUGUGUUUGCCACGGCGAAUAUGGAUACGGUCAUCGAUGCUUUGCCGAGUUGUUGGGAUGAGGAGGGUAAUCUGAAGAAGUAUGAGCCGGUUACGGCGUGGGGGUAUGUGCAGAUGCGGAUGGCUGCGCUGUAUGACUCGUGAGUAAAUGACUAGAACGGGUGUCUUAAUUGUCGGAGUCGUGAUCACUCGUGAUGAGGCACUGUUGAUAGGUCGAAGUAUUCUACUUUGCAUUGGAGAGCAGUCCUGAAUGUGUAUUGUACCAGGUAAUGGUUCCUCCUAAGAUGCAAUUCAAGCUACAGAAGUUAUAUACCCUGCC